AAAGGUAGAAGAAGACAAAGACGGGAGAGAGAGAGAGGAUCGCUAUUAUUCCGGGAAAAAUCAUUUUGCACUUUUCUUUCGCCGGAAAGUUUUCGGUUAACCUGAAAACCUUUCAAUCAAAGAAUCAGUCAACAGAUUAAUAUAGUCUCUCAUACCGGAAAAUCCCAGGCUUUUCUCAUUGCUUCUGGAGAUUCUCAGGCCUUUUUCUCGAAGGUGAUUCAACAACUGUAAGAGCAAGAGUUGUUGAACCAAGAGAGAGAGAGGAUUCUGGUUUUGGCGGGAGGCAGUUGAAAAUCUUCUGUGAAAUUGGCUUCCUCUCUCUUUAUAACUUGCUUCUUUGAAAUUUGAAAACUUUUUGCUAGUUUGCUCAAGAGAGUUUGGAGUAUUGAUUCUGAAGGUUUUGUUAAAGAUGGGAGCUCUCUGUUGUUGCUUUCAAGUUGAUCUCUUUGAGAGUUAUGUGAAUCCAAACACUUCCAUCUCUAGGAACUGUCCAUGCCUUAACUGCUUCCUCCACAGUUUCAUGGGUUUGUAUACCUCAAUAUUUAACAGAGGAGGAAUGCAUCAGAUACCUUCAACUGUUGAAGCUGCUUCAGUAAUGAAUUCCACAACUUCACUUGAUGAUGACUCAUCUCUGUCAAGUAUGUAUCAUUCUCCUCCUAGGCCAUUGCCUUACGAUGCUGAUCCUAGGUACUUCCGUUUCGCUAAGGGCUCGAGCCAUUCGGGAGAAGAAGCAGAACCAUUAAGAGGUGAUACUGAGAUGAGUUCUGAAGCUUUGGGUGGUGGAGGAGGAGCCAAACGGAGUAAGUCUGAUUAUGAAGAUGGUUCGAAAGAAGCGUAUUCAAAAGGUUUGGUAACCAAUGCAAAGUCCAAGACGAUGCUGGGGAUAGAAUUUUCUUCUUAUGCAGAUUCGGAUGAUGAAGAUAUUUGUCCUACCUGCCUUGAUGAUUACACGCCAGAGAAUCCGAAGAUAAUCACAAAGUGUUCUCACCAUUUUCAUCUUAGCUGUAUUUAUGAGUGGAUGGAGAGAAGUGAAACCUGCCCUGUCUGUGGAAAGGUGAUGGCAUUUGAUGAAACUGGCUAAGAAGGGAACAAGAAAAAGGCAGUGAGUCUUUGCAUAAUUAAAUAACACAGAGAGAAAUCACUUGUACAUAAAGAUCUUCUGUGAAAUUGUGAAUAUCCAGAUGCCUUUACAGUAAAUAUGAGAAAUUGUGAUGUCUCCUUGAUUUUAUAGACUCAUUACCUAAACAUUUAUCUUCAAUAUGAUUUUAUUGGAAUGAUGAAAUCUUUUAUCUAGA